AUGUCGGCGAGACCAACAGAUGCAUCGAUGGAACCGAGGGCGGUGCCGCAUAGCUACCGUAAAAGAGUCCAUUCCACAGUCGAGCUUGCGGCGCUUGUGUACCAGCCGCUCGAAGCAUCUGGCGCGCUGCUCAGCAUUCUGCGCGGCAAGCUCUACCAUCAGCGCAACGUGCGCAGCGUGUUGGAUGUUGUUGCGGUGCCCACUGACACAGGCGACCAAGGACACUCCGCGGCGUCGAAGGUGCGUGUAGAGUACCUUGCGCCUCCAUCAAACAAAGCCAACAGGAACAGCAGCAGCAAUAUCAGCUGUGCCCUCCGCGACGACAUCCAACGCGGCUCAAGGGCGGCGGCGACGUGCAACUCGUCGUCGCCGCCUACCCCGCCAGCGUUCCUCGAGGGUUGCUGCAAGAUGUGCCUUCUCGACCCGACGGUCCUUGAGGCUGCUGAGCUGUGGCCCGACCCCACCUCGGUGACACAGAACAGCACACCUGUUUUUCUUCUUGGCGCUGGUAUUCCCGGCGCUCGCGUCACCCAGCAGCUGGAAGCCGCUCUGCAGACAGGCCAGCUGCCUCGCAAAGCCGCUGAUUUGCUUCAGCAGCUCCACGAGCGACUUGCCGCAAGUCCCCCCUCGGUAAGUCUCACAGAGAACCAGGACGGCGACCCGCAGGCGCAAGACUCGCUUCGUGCGGUUGCAGCACCGCCGUCGCCUUCCAGCAGGAAGCGAGGGUCGUAUGUUGGCGCGGUGGAGGUGACCUUCGCUUCUCGUACGGUGGAGCUCAGUUACCGCAAUUACACAAUGUCGGAGUUGCUCUCAAUGGUAUUGCCCCUCCGUGAGGAUGCUGAUCUUGUGGCGCUCAGUGGCUUUGAGCAGGUGGGGCACAUUGCCCACGUCAACCUCUCCGCCGCACAUCUGCCCUACGCUGACGUCAUUGGGCAGGUCAUCCUUGACUGCAACGAGACGGUGAGCGUAGUGGUCAAUAAGGUGGACGCAAUCAGCAGCGUGUUUCGCGAAUUCAAAAUGAACAUUAUAGGUGAGCGCCGCCGUGCGGAUGACCUUGGUGGCGAUGUUGGAGUGGGCGCCAAUGUCAGCGACUCUGGAGAGGUUGGCGACUCGCUGACGGCGGAAGAGAAGGCGGUGAUUGCACUGGAGGCGUCAUCUUUGAAUUCUCCUGCGGAGGCACGGCUCAAUCGGAUGCUGACAGCAGCUGUUCGCCAGCACGGUUGUUGCUUCCGUGUGCCGUACAACCGUGUCUACUGGAACUCGCGCCUGAGCUUUGAGCACGCGCGACUGGUAGGUCAGAUGAGGCCAGGGGAUGUGUUGUUUGACGUCAUGGCCGGCGUGGGCCCGUUUGCCGUGCCUGCGGCGAAGAAGGGCGUGAAGGUCUUUGCCAACGACCUCAACCCAGUUGCAGCGCAGUACAUGAAGGUCAACGCGGAGCUCAACCGCCUACCCGCGAACUCCUUCCACGUAUUCAACAUGGACGGGCGCCACUUUCUAAACUCGGUGCUCUUCGACAGCAUCACCGGGGCUGCAGCAUCGAAGAUCGAGGCGACGGCUACAUCGCACCCAGGAUGCGUCUGCACCGGCCGCCGCCACGUGACCAUGAACCUGCCAGCCGUUGCUGUCGAGUUCCUCGACGUCUUCCAGCCACUCUCCAACACCAGUUCUCUCGCUGGCGAGCAGCAGAGCAACGCAGCCACUGCAGUGGCAGUAAACGAGAGAUGGAAUCGCUUACCAGCCCACGUGGAGCCCAAUGACAUUGACCAAGGCACCCUCUUCCACGUGUACAGCUUCUCAGCCGCGGAAGACCUCAUCGCUGAUGCCGUGCGGCAAGUGGAGGCAAACCUCGGCUACACGCUCCCACCAGAGAGCAUCGAGGAAGUGCUCAUGGUGAGAGACGUCGCGCCGACUAAGCGGAUGAUGUGCGUCAGCUUCACACUGCCGCCAGCCUUCUGGGCAAAUCUGCUCGCGUCGCAACCCGGCAAUGACGGGGCAUCAUUCACCCAUGCAGAGACGGUCAGCGCACUCGUGGAGGAGGGGGCGGAGCCGACCAUAAAAAGGGCCAAAGCAGAUGCGCUGUUAACGCGGGGCGUUUGA